AUGUACGAACAGAGAGAUGGUUACAAAUAUACGAUCGAGUGCCUCAACGCCGGAAGAAUCGGAAUCGGAGCUCAGAUGCUCGGUCUGGCUCAAGGAUGUUUCGAUCAGACAAUUCCAUAUCUUCAGCAGAGAGAACAGUUUGGAGAGAGACUUAUUGAUUUCCAGGUCGCUACCAACACCCCCUCAAAGUGUGUCGAAUGGCUGGGAGGUGUCGGUUUCACUAAAGAAUUCCCUGUGGAGAAAUAUUAUAGUGACUGUAAAAUUGGAACAAUUUAUGAGGGGACAUCCAAUAUUCAACUGAAUACAAUUGCUAAGCUUAUCGAUUUGGAAUUCAAAAAUAAGGCUUAG